AUGGCAGGCUUGGAAUUCAGGCCGGACAGGUGGCUGGAUUGGGAGGGGCCGGUGAGCCCCUACGAGCACCCGGUUUUCCAGGUGGGGACCAGGGUGUGCCUCGACAAGGAGAUAGCGUUUGUUCAGAUGAAGUAUGUGGUAGCCUCGAUUCUCGAGCGGUUCAAGUUGGAGCCAUUUUGUACUGAGAAGCCAGUUUUUGUUCUGUUGCUGACGGUAUAUAUGGCAAGUUAUAACGGGACUGUAUCUAUAGUCUCUACCAUAAGACUCCUAUAUGCUAUUAGAUCUGUUCGAAAAAUGCAAUGA